CAUCAACCGCGCUGUGGUUUCUUGCCUUGCAGAGUUUGUUCGAGUUCCGUGCGCACCAUCACGCACGCGCUUCGUUCCUCCAGGACUCUCUCGAGAGACCGGCACUGAACAUCAGACUCGAAUUAAAACGAUCAAAAUCAAAAUCCGCCGAACCUGGGACCGGAAGGAUACGGAUAAGGACACCAGAGGACCGGUGUCCAGAGGUUUUCGCCAUGGAUCGCCGACGCGAUUGGUCGUUGGUGCUUCUGAUAUUUAUACUAGCUUCACACAUCCAACAUGCGCCAGCCAGACACCAUCAUAUAAAAUUGAGACACGAGAGGCACAGAAGACAGCAUGGCGAGAGCUACCUGCCGCCGUACUUCGUCUUGGACAACGAGGACGUAGAGACGGGCACCUGGGGUUCGUGGUCCACACCAAGCUCCUGUUCACGUUCCUGCGGUGGAGGAGUUGCCCACCAAACUAGACGCUGUAACGACGUAGAUCCAGACGGAACAGAGAGGUGCACCGGGGCGAAGAAAAGGUUCUUCUCCUGCAACAUUGCGGAUUGUCCAGAGCCAGCGAAUGACUUCAGGGCGGAACAAUGUUCAGCGUACGACAAUACGCCAUAUCGCGGUAUCAUCUACGAAUGGGUUCCUUACACUGGAGCAAAGAACAAAUGCGAAUUGAACUGCAUGCCGCGUGGCGAGAUAUUUUUCUACCGUCCAAAAUGGCAUGUCACAGAUGGAACACCCUGCAUCUCUGGUCAAAAUGACGUUUGUGUCGAGGGUAAAUGCAUGCCUGUGGGAUGCGACAAGAUGCUCGGCAGUGGUGCUAAGGAAGACAGAUGCCGGGAAUGCAGUGGAGACGGUUCGGCCUGCGAUGUGGUCCAGGGAGUAGCCGAUGCGACUGAUUUGGAAGUUGGGUACAACGAUAUUGUAUUGAUACCUUCCGGUGCAACGAAUAUUGCUAUCACCGAGAGACGUCCUUCGAACAACUACUUGGCCAUGAGGAACAUGUCGAAUCAUUAUUAUCUAAAUGGAAAUUGGAGAAUAGAUUUUCCUCGAAGCUUGAAAUUUGCUGGCACCGUUUUUAAAUAUGAGAGAAAACCUGAGAAACUUAUGGCUGCUGAGGUAAUCACCGCGCUGGGACCAACCAACCAGUCAAUUUAUAUCGUGCUGCUAACACAAGAAAAAAAUGUCGGCGUUGAUUACAAGUACAGCAUACCAAAAAGAUUGGCUCAUUACGUGGACUCUAAGAGUUAUACUUGGGUCGCGGAAGACUUUUCCGAUUGUAGUAGUACUUGUGGUGGAGGAUUCCGAUCAAGGCUGGUCAGGUGCGUCAGACGUAGUGAUAACGAGGAAGUGGACGACAAUCUAUGCGAUCAGCAACUGGAACCAGUCAGCAACAUAUCAUGUGGCGAAGAGGCGUGUCCACCUGUGUGGGUGAUCGGGGAUUGGGGUCCAUGUAAUAAAGCCUGUGGACCCGGUGGAGAACAGACGCGAGACAUAAAAUGCGAGCAAACUAUUUCCGGGGGUAUCCCAUCGCUUGUGGACGACGAACGUUGUUUGGAAAUAGUCGGACCUAAGGACAUUGAGAUACAGGAAUGUAACGCGGAUAUUCAAUGUCCGCAGUGGCACGAAGGCCCAUGGAGACCUUGCGAUCGUCUCUGUGGCGAAGGAAAGGAGAGGCGUAAAAUAACUUGCUACAAAAAAGUAGACGGAAAAAUAAUCGUCCUACCUGAUUCCGCCUGUCCGGAAGAGCGUCCGGAGAGUGAAAAGGAUUGCGAAUUGGGUCCUUGUGUUGGGGUUGAUUGGGUUGUGUCCAAAUGGAGCGGUUGUGACAAUAAAUGCGGUCUUACUCAAGAGACUAGAACAGUAAGCUGCGUUUCAUUGAAGGAUAAAAUAUAUCCUAAUGAACAGUGUAACCCUGAUACGAAGCCUGAAUCAGUCAGGAAAUGUUCGGCUCAAGAAAAGUGCAAUUACCAAUGGUAUGCUACGCAGUGGAGCGAGUGCUCUGUCGAAUGUGGCACAGGAAUCGCAACUCGCAAAGUAUUUUGUGCUACAUCGGACCCUGAUCUCACUUGUAUAUCAAAGGUUGAAGAUGAAAAAUGUGAUCCAAGUACAAGGUAUAAUGACACUCAAGAGUGUACCGCUGAGGUGAAAGAAUGCAAGGGUGAAUGGUUAUCGGGGCCCUGGAGUGAGUGUUCCAAGCCAUGCGGUGGUGGUGACAAGACCAGAAAGGUGAUAUGUAUGAAGGAUAAUAAAGUGGUUCCGUUCAAGGGCAAUUGUUAUGAAGACGACUUUAUGCUCAAUAACGAAAAUUGCAAUGAGAAGGCGUGUGAGGAAGAUGGACUCAUACCAGAGGAACGAGGGAAACCCUCUGCACCAACGGAUGCCGAAGAAGAAGAAUGUGAAGAUUAUGAAGACGAUGGAUUCAUUUCUGUUAACCAGGAUCUUGGCAUUCAGCCUAGGAUCGAUGACGAAAUAGAGUCAUCAGGAAGUGGCUUAGACGAUAUGAUGAUGGGCGAUGACGCUGAUAUACUACGCACAACCGUGGACAAUUCCAACGACACGAUGGAAGAUUAUGACAACUUUGAGUUAGAAGGAAGUGGUAGCGAUUCGUCAUCCAAAAGUACAUUUAGUACAGAUGCGACCGACGCUUCUGAAUCUACAGAUGUUCCCAGUUCUCGUGAAACUGCAUCCACUGUUACUUUAGAAACAUCAACUUCAGGCACAAGUUUGGAAUCGAGUUUAGUACCCACUAGUCCAGAUGUAUCAGGACCGUCAAACUCAGAGACGACAGAAUCGCCUAACACAGUAGUCGCUACAACAAAAGCGAAAAAACUAGAUUUUCCGGCUGUCGAGUCAGAGCAAGAAGAAUACGAUGAACGACCUGAUCCCGAUACAGACACUUUGCCUGAUCCUACAACAUUGUCAACUGGUACAGAAGCAGCAAUAUCAACUCAAGCAGCUGUUACGGAUGAAUCAUCAGAAUUCUCUACUUCAGAAAUCACUACAACCGAGAGCAGCUCUACAAUUGCUUCCGAUUCUGUGUUAAUUGAAGAAACGACCGAAGCUUCUGAUUCUACAACCUUAGAAACAUCUAGUUCGGAAAUGAGUCCGGGGUCAAGCCCAGAAACUUCAGCGACUUCUGAUGAAGACGUAAAAACUCCUACUGCCUCAGACACGACUGUAUCGUCUGAUUUAGAUACAUCAGAACCGUCUAGCACAAGUCCAACAGAAUCAUAUGACACAGAUACAACACUUUCACCGAGUUCUGACCAAACAGGCCCUGAUGCAAGCAUACCAGAUUCUACUGUCUCAGAAACGACUGAAUCGUCGGAUUUAGAUACAUCAGAACCGUCUAGCACAAAUGCAACGCAAUCAUCUGACACUGAUGCAACAGAAUCAACUAGCGCAGAAACAAUGGAAUCAUUUGGUACAGAUUCAACAUUGUCAUCAAGUUCUGACCAAACGAACACUAAUGCAACGGUAGUGUCUAGUACAGAAAUAGCAGCAACGUCUGAUACAACCAUAAAGACUUCUGAUAGUUCAGAAGUAGCAGUAUCCACUGUCUCAGAUAAAAUAGAAACGUCUAGUACAGAUACAGCAUCAAGUGGUACAAUCUCAAUAGCAUCAACCAGCUCAGAAUCGUCAGCAACAUCUGAUUCAAACACAAUCGGUUCUGCCGGUACAGAAACGACAAAAUCGUCUGAUUCAGACGUGAUCGCAUCAGCUAGCAUAGAUACAGAAAUUUCAGCUAGUACAGUUUCAACGGUAUCAACCAGCUCUGAAACGUCAGUGGCAUCUACUUCAGAUAUUACUGAAGGCUCCUCCGUAGAAUCAGACAUGACUGUAUCGGCGAAGUCAACAGAACAAACAAUAUCAACUGAAACAUCUGUUACGACUGGAUCAUCAGGAUUCUCUACUUCAGUAGUUACUACAACCAAAGCGAAAAAACUAGAUUUUCCGGCUGUUGAGGCAGAGCAAGAAGAAUACGACGAACGACCUACCCCAAAAACAAAGACUUUGCCUGAUACUACUACAUUAUCAGCGAGUACAGAAGAAACAAUAUCAACUCAAGCAUCUGUUACGAAUGAAGAAGCAUCAGAAUUUUCCACUUCAGUAAUCACUACAACCGAAAGCAGCUCCACAAUUGCUUCCGAUUCUGUGUCAAUUGGAGAAACGACCGAAGCUUCUGAUUCUACAGUCGUUUCCAGUUCCAUUACAACCUUAGAAACAUCUGGUUCGGAAAUGAGUUCGGUGUCAAGCCCAGAAACGUUUGGUACAGAUGCAUCUACGUCAUCCAGUACAAUCUCAACGGUGCUAACCAGCUCAGAAACAACAGUAUUAUUCAGUUCAGAUACAACUGAAUUUUCGAGCACGGAAACAGUAUCAUCGUCUGGUUCCGACUUGACAGAAUCCUUGAGCUCAGGUGCACCUGUAUUAUCUAGUUUGCAGACAACAAGGUUAUCUGAUAAGGAAACAACCGAAUCGUCUAGCCCGGACGGAACUACACCUGAAUCAUCUACUUCGUCGAGUGAAUCUAUUACCGAAUCGAUUACCGACGGUACAGUUACUGAAAGAUCUGAAACUCCCAAACAAUCUACGGGAACUGUUGAAACGUCGGAAUCUGAUAGCACAACCACGUAUUCAGAAACAACAGUCCCAGGUGAAACUGACAUCACAACGGAGGGUGAUACCACAAGUGAUACUACGGAGUCAGGUGUCACUGAAACAGAAUAUGAUCUGGAUACAACUGAACAGUCCCACGUUACUGACAUUUUCACAAUUGUCGGACACUCCGAUGGAAGCACACGGAAGCAUCGUAAAUGCAGGCCGAAAAAACCGAAGACUUGCAAAACAUCACAAUUUGGCUGCUGCUAUGACGGUAUUAAAUUUGCUACAGGACCAUUUGAACGAGGAUGCCCUAUUCCCAAAACCUGCAACGAAACAGAAUACGGAUGUUGUCCUGACGGCGUAUCACCUGCUGCUGGAAAGAACAAUAAAGGCUGUCCCGAUUCACACUGUAGGGAAACACUCUUUGGCUGUUGCCCCGAUGAAGUUACCGCUGCGGAAGGAAAUGACUAUGAGGGCUGCGAGAUACCAUGUAACGGAACUGAGUUUGGCUGCUGUCUCGAUGGUAAGACUCCAGCUGCUGGUGAGAAUAAUUUCGGCUGUUGUAAUACUACCACAUACGGCUGCUGUCCAAACGGAACUGAACCAGCAUCUGGUCCAGACGGUGAAGGUUGUAAAGAAGGAGAAGCUAGCUCUACUAUCACCACAACAGCAGAAGAAACUACUACCGAAAUUACGAGUGAAAGUUGCAAAGAGUCAGAGUUUGGUUGCUGUCCCAACAACGAAACAAGUGCAACUGGUAAAUACUAUGAAGGGUGUAACGUCACUAACGCCGAAAACUGUACUGCAUCUUAUUACAAAUGUUGUCCGGACGGAGUUUCCGCAGCUUUGGGUCCAGAUAACUACGGCUGUCCUAUUGCUUGUCUGAACAGCAAAUUUGGCUGUUGUAUCGAUGGAUUGACGCCAGCCCAUGGCCCGAACGGAGAAGGCUGUUGCUUGAUCACGCCCUAUGGAUGCUGCCCUGAUAAUAUUCGAAAUGCUCAAGGACCCAAUCUCUAUGGUUGUGGUUGUCAAUAUUCACGUUACGGAUGCUGCCCUGACAAUAAGACAACUGCGAUUGGAUCAAACAAUGAAGGGUGUGGAUGCGAAUACUCACCUCAUGGUUGCUGCCCUAACCGCCUUAAUGUCGCACAUGGACCAGACUUUGAAGGAUGUCCUUGCGAUUCCCAUCAAUUCGGAUGCUGUCCCGAUGGAGUUUCUAUUGCUAAAGGACCUCACACGCAGGGUUGCGGGUGUAAAUACAGCGAAUUCGACUGCUGUUCCGACGAUGUCACGCCAGCCAAGGGUCCGAAUUAUGCUGGCUGUACUUGCGACGUGUCCAAGUAUGGUUGCUGCCCAGACGGUAUCGAAGAAGCACAAGGAGAAAACUUCGAAGGGUGUCACAAAGUCCUAUUAUCUCGCGCUGCCAUUUGUACUUUGAAUAACGACACGGGUCCUUGUCAGAAAUACACUAUUAAAUGGUUUUAUGACACUUUCAACGGAACGUGUAAGCGAUUUUGGUACGGUGGCUGCGGCGGUAAUGAGAAUCAUUUCGAAAAUCAGCAGGAAUGCAACGACACCUGUGUUGAGCCCAAAGGACGUGAUGUCUGCCUGCUACCCAAGAUCGCUGGAGGAUGUGACGGAUAUCAUCCAACAUGGUAUUACGAUACUGAUAGAAAACAAUGCGCCCAGUUUAUCUACGGAGGAUGUCUUGGAAAUGCCAACAGAUUCAAAACUAGAGAAGACUGUGAAGAACUUUGUGUUGCUCCUGACGAUGCUGAUCCUUGUGAGCAGCCCAGCGAACCAGGCCCAUGUGAAGGUAAUUUCACCAGAUGGUAUUUCAACACAGAAAGCAGUAGCUGCGAAGAAUUCAAUUAUGGUGGCUGCAAGGGUAACAAAAAUAACUUCCCAACCGAAAUCUCCUGCAAGCAGCAAUGCGCAAUACCUGCAAUUAGACGUGUACGAGAUGUGUGCAACCUGGAGAAAGAGCCUGGACCAUGUCCCGGCUCUUUGCUACGCUGGUACUACGAUGCUAAACAUAAAUCUUGUAGGCAAUUUGUUUACGGCGGUUGUAAAGGCAAUGGCAAUAAAUUCCGAACGUACGCUGCAUGCGAGCAGCGCUGCCCCCAUAGAGAUUUUUGUCCGCUACCAUGGGCAGAGGGUACCUGUACGGAGAAACUCGCUCGAUGGUCCUUUAACCAAACAGAGAAUCGUUGCAUGCCCUUCUAUUACACUGGCUGUGGUGGAAAUAGAAAUAACUACGAAACUAAAGAUGCAUGUGAUACUCACUGUCCAGCAAAGAUUGAGCAAGACACUUGCCUACUGCCAGCUGUAGUGGGCGAGUGCUCUAAUUACACUACACGGUGGUAUUACGACUCGUACGAAAAACACUGCAGACUGUUUUACUAUGGAGGUUGCGGUGGAAACGAUAAUAAUUUCGAAACUCAGGAUGAUUGCACACAUAGAUGCGAAUCUUCAGCUGUAACAACCGCACCUGCAGUUCCUGCAUUCCGAAGAGAAUAUUGUUUAUUGCCUGCAAGCCAUGGACCAUGCAAUGCGGAUUCGGUUAGAUGGUACUAUGACAGUAGGUAUGGUACGUGCCAACGAUUCAACUACGGAGGAUGUGAAAGCAAUGGCAACAACUUUGAAACAGUUGAAGAAUGUGAAAAUCGAUGUGGAAAUGUGCAAGAUCUCUGCGAACUUCCACCACUUGUUGGUCCCUGCAAAGAACGUAUUAGGCAAUAUUAUUACGACCGUCGUACUGACUUGUGUUACGAAUUUGCAUUCGGCGGUUGCCAGGGUAAUAAAAAUAGGUUCGAGGACAAGAAAUCUUGCGAGCAGAGAUGCAGGAAAACAACCGAUGCCACGAGUCCAGUCCCGUCACCUACAACACCUCGUAUCAGUGUUGAUCCUAAGAGUGCAUCUUGCUUUGCACCACUUGAUUUUGGUCCUUGCAGAGACAAUGUUACGGCAUUCUAUUACGACGCAGAAAAACAAACUUGCCAAGCAUUCUACUACGGAGGAUGCGAAGGAAAUGCCAAUAGAUUCCAAUCACUAGAGCAGUGCGAACGUAUUUGUGGAAACUUCCGAGGACAAGAUAUCUGCAAUCUUCCGUUGGACCCAGGCCCCUGCCGUGCAUCACACGAGAGAUUCUUCUACGAUUCAAGGCGUCGGGAAUGCCAUCCAUUUAUAUACGGUGGAUGCCGCGGUAACGGUAACAGGUUCACACAUCAAUAUGAAUGCGAGUCUGUUUGUAUACAUCGCAAAGAACCUCCAGCUCCUGGAAACAGAGUCACCUAUGAUAAUACAGCUAUCUGCCGAGAGCCUGUAGAUAUUGGACGUGACGGCGGGUCAGGUCAAGACAAGCGUUUCUACUACGACGAUGAGCGCCAAGAUUGUAUUGCAUUCAUUUAUAAAGGUUCCGGUGGAAAUCUUAAUAGAUUCGUGAACCGUGAAGCUUGCCUUAAGACUUGUUUGAAAACGAACGAAGUAGGCCCACAGAACCCGUGCAUAGAAGCACAAAAAGAGUGCAACGAGAUUCAUUGUCCCUACGGAAUGGUGGCUCGCAUCGAUGAACAAAAUUGUGAACGAUGCAGCUGUGCGGAUCCGUGUCUCCCAGUAAGGUGUCAAGAAGGAUCGAAAUGUGUGGUUACCUCAGUUCUUCGAGAAGACGUAGUCGUCUAUCAAGGCGUUUGCGAGAGCCUCCCAACAGUACCGAAAUCAGGAACGUGUCCACCAGUAGUGAACGCAACAAGUUGCGAGGAACGUUGUUACUUGGACGCUCAGUGUCCUGAAGAUCUAAAGUGUUGUCCGAGCAGCUGUGGCUUGUCUUGCUUGAAGCCAGCUACGGCAGUGCAACCGGUACCAGUUGAACCAGUACCUAGGGAACCUCUACCAACGCCUCCUCCAGUGGAACCAGUCCCAAGGGAACCUCUACCGUCCCCUCCUGCAGUGGUAGCUGUCACUACUGUACCAAUCGAGCAGUCAGUACCCGCUUUCAUUGAACCACCAGAAGCACCCAAACUUCGCGCCGAAGAGGGUAGCUACGUUAUUAUGAAAUGCGUUGCCAUUGGAAAUCCACGGCCGGUAAUCUCAUGGCGAAAGGGUGUGACGUUGAUUGACAACACAAUGGGUAGACACAGUGUAAAAGAUGACGGUUCUCUCCAAAUUGUUGGUCUGUACUCAGCAGAUGCGGGAAUUUACACUUGCACAGCCAAAAAUCGUCUGGCUGCGCCAGUCAGAAUACAGUACGAACUAGAAAUCACUGACCCUCGCGGACACAAGAGUUGCGAUAUUUUUGGCGAACCAAACUACCGCGUAACAGUGAACAUGGAUGCCCCGGCAUACCUAAAAUGCUAUGCAAUGGGCUGGCCACGACCCAUCGUUGAGUGGUGGCACGAAGGAAAAACGGUUCCGGUGGAUAGCAAUGGGUACGAAUUACAGCGUGACUACGCACUAAAAAUACACCGAGUAUCUCUGGUUAAUCUUGGGGUUUACACUUGCCGUGCUUAUAACGGUAUCGGGAAGGAAACAUCGUGGUCUGUAACUCUACAAGCAAAUGGUCCAGUUGUCAAUGUCAUUCCCGAGUAUCAAAAAUAUACCCAAUACAUCAUUGAUCCUACACAUCCUAGUCCUCCAUCAGUCUUCAAUAGAAGACCAGUAUAUCCAGUAUCUCGGCCACACGUUGCUUUCUACCCUCAAAGUCAAGCGCCUUACAUCCUACCUGUAACUGAACCACCUCGUGUAAUCGCGCCUGCCACAUACAAAGUUCCAGUGAAAGUGAACGUUACGGCAGAGGGUGACCAAUUCCCAGUGGGUAGCGACUUCAGCAUACUCUGUCGCGUUAAUGGGUACCCAACGCCAACUGUACAGUGGUACAAAGAUGAUAGUCUUAUCCAAUCGAACAAAAGAAUCAAGAUUUUCGAAGCGGACAGACUGAGCAUUUCGUACGCCCAAAAGAAUGAUUCUGGAAGAUACCGAUGCGAAGCUGCUAAUCAGUAUACCAGUGAUUCGGGUUCUAUAGACAUUGUGGUAUCUGGUAUCUACAUUCACCCAACUUGUCAGGAUAAUUUGUUCUUAGCAAAUUGCGGUCUGAUAGUGAAAGGAAAAUUCUGUCAACAUCCAUGGUACGCCCGAUUUUGCUGUCGAUCUUGUACAGAAGCUGGCCAACUACCUCCAAGAGGACCUCAUAUUAAUGAAACCAGUAGAAAUAAAAGAUCUAUUCUUUCUAUCACUUAAACGAGAAGACGAUUAUUCAACAUUCCAAGGAGUGGGAUACAGAGUAUUCGUAUCACAUAAUUCACAUAGUCAGCUUCAUGUAGUGUUUUUCAGUAAAAAUUCACAAAUCGAAUCGUCCCAAAGUCAAUAGUCGUUCCUAGAACGAAAUCAAUAUUUUUGCAUCCACCUACGAUGCACAACUUCUUGAUCACAAUGUACAUAUUUUUAAAGGUGAUAAAUUUCACCAUGAUUUAGAAGUUGCCAUGACAUGAAACAGUAUGACUGUGAAGAUAAUUUUUUUAUCAAGUUUCGAUAUUGUGAAAUAACAAACCAUUCCGGUCAUUGGUCAUUAAUGUCAUUGAAAUGUUUUAUCCCUCAUCCCAGUGAACAGUGCCGUGUCCCCAGAAAAGCAUAUUCCGCAUCCCUAGAUAACAGUAGUAAACUGACUUAGAAAUCACACAUUUUCUAGAGUAUUUCACCGAUUGGAUGUUGACGGAAAAUCGAAUGUCGUUCACUGCCAAAGCCUUAGAACGUUUAUACAUAGAUAAAUAAAAUAUAAACGUAUUCGAGUUAAAAUAAGGUAUUUUAUUAGAAAUCUUGAAACCGAGAAUUAUGCCAUCUAUGUUUACAAGCAUGUUCAGAUAAGUCAGUCAAUUCAUUUAAUGAAACUAUCCGUGUAUACACGAUCUGACGCUGAAACCUAGUCCGUUGGAGCCACAUUGUGUACGGAGUAUGAUCCAACAUGGCAAAUAGUGUCUUAUCAAUAUUGAAAAAUGAUAACUUUGCAUCAGAAUAUAUUUGUCACCUCUAUAAAUGAUGACGCGCGUGACAUGCGUGAGUAAGGGAACAUCACAUGAUCUUUAAUUAUUACGUCAAAUGUCGGGGUAUCGACACAUGUAACGAUUUGGAACGAGGCUGACAAUAGAAAAGUAUGGAACAAUUGAUUCAACGCUUUGGAUUAUUUUUCAAAUUUAUAAAGUAAUGCUGGUUCGACAUUACGAGGUGCCAACAAUUAUUCGAUGUUACUGCUGAUGUUGAAAAUAUGUUCCGAUACUUGUUGCAUGCGUGAAAACUGAUAGAUACGUUGGAUUGUAAAAUAUAGUUAUAUAUGACAUUACUAGUUUUCAAGUGAAUAUUAUCAACUACUCACAAAUACUCAUUACUACGAUAUUAGAAUAACGAACAUACAAACGUAAACUUUCUAAACAUAUUUAAACCUAGGAGUACAUAUUAAACUCUUUACUUUAGAGGUCCUACGCUUCUUAGGGAUUGCACAUCAGGUUUCCUUUUACUGCCUUAAUUGUCAACGUUGGGCAUUUCAAGCAGGCGAUGCAGCUGUCCAAUUUUCUUACACUUCCACAAGUUAUAGCCUGCCUUGCCUCUCAAGUAAAGAAAUGUUUAAUAUAUAAAUGUACAGUUAUUUUUUUAUACCUUGUGUACCAGGAUAACUACGAUCAAUGCUUCAACGUUACUCUGGCUUUCAAUUAAAACAUGUUACAUCUAUAUGAGAUACUUGUUCCUGAACUAUUAAUAGUGAAUCGUUUAUUAAAUUUUAUAAUGUUUUCUUUUUAUAUUGCCUGUAUACUUAUCUCGACUUAUUCAAAUUUCUAUAAAGAAGUUAUAAAGCGAGUACACAAUAAGAUAUUACAAAAGGUACCAAAUGCAUUUAUGUACUUCAUUAAUUGUUGUAUAUUUAUAUAUGUAUACACAAAUUGAAGACAAUUUAUUAAAUUUCUCUCCACGAUGCUUGGAGCUCAUGAUA